AUGAAUAAAAAAAGAAUAAUAGAAAAUGCUGAUACUCAUAUUCCUUCUUCUUCUUCUUCUUCUUCUUCUUCUUCUUCUUCUUCUUCUUCUUCUUCUUCUUCUUCUUCUUCUUCUUCUUCUUCUUCUUCUCCUCCUCCUCCUCCUCCUCCUCCUCCUCCUCCUACUACUACUACUACUACUACUACUACUACUACUACUACUACUACUACUACUACUACUACUACUACUACUACUACUACUACUACUACUACUACUACUACUACUACUACUACUACUACUACUACUACUACUACUACUACUACUACUACUACUACUACUACUACUACUACUACUACUACUACUACUACUACUACUACUACUACUACUACUACUACUACUACUACUACUACUACUACUACUACUACUACUACUACUACUACUACUACUACUACUACUACUACUACUACUACUACUACUACUACUACUACUACUACUACUACUACAGGCAAGAUAUCCGUCUACCACCCAAAGGUCGGGUUUACUGCGCAGCAUUUCGUUCCAUCCUAA